AAUGGAGCACUAAACGGCCUGAAUUUGGCAACAGUGUUCCUCGAUCACGGGGGGUCAACUAUUCCUCUCCUACCCCCCAAAGUGCCAACGACACUGGCAUUUAUAAAGAAAAGUAGAAGUGCUGCACCUUUGCGCAGCGGCCGCCUUUAGCUGAAAGGUCCCCUCUGAGUGCACAAAGGCAGCUGCUGGAGGAACUGUUCAGCGCGAGGGAGCGAGCCGAGCGCUGAGAGGCGUAAUAAACAAUCUCCGGCUAGCUACAGACAGGGACGCGGACUUGAAGUAGCUCCCCGGCCCAAGCCCGUAGUUUUACUCUGUGAAACCGGAUUCCAUCGUCAGGUUAAGACUUAUACAGAGUUCCAGCAGGAUGGAGGUGGAGAUGGAGGAGAUCCCCCAGGACGAGCCCCAACCUGAGCCUGAGAGCCAUGUUACCAGAGACCAGUGCUGCCAGACAGACGAGCCACAGCCCAGCAGCCCUAACCCAAUGACUGACCUUAACCCUGGCCCUGACGCAGCCCCCAGGACACCAGGGUACUGCGUGGAGCCAGGCGACCCUCCUCUGUUGCAGCAGCAGCUCCAGACCUCCAAGUCUGGCAUCCAGCAGGUCAUAGAGUGCUUCCGCUCAGGCACUGCCCAGCUGAAGCACAUGCUGCUGAACGAGGUGGACACCAUCUUUGAGUGUAAGACAUGUCGCAGCUUGUUCCGGGGCCUGCCCAACCUCAUCACCCACAAAGAGUACUACUGCCUUACCAGACUGCCCAAGCCCGACGAUCCAGCGGGCGACGGCGACAAGCAGAGCGGGGCCAUGAAGGACCUCCUGGAGGCCAUCUACCCCAGGAAGGACCGGCCGGACUACGUGAUGCGCCUGGAGCCAAUCCAGACCUCUAACAACGCUGUAUUCCAGUUCCUGUCCUCAGAGGAGGAGCUGGCCCACUUCCCCCGGGCUCCACACACCCCUGGAGGGACCCACACACACAGCCCUGAGCCCUGGGGGGAGCAGGGAGGGACGCCGGAGAAUGGACAGACCGGAGAGGGGGAGGAGAGGAGGAGGAGUGACCAGGAGGAGGAGGAGGAGGGAGGAGAGGAGGUGGCGCAGCCCGAGGACGAGGGGUCUACGAGCGGGGUGGAGGAUGUUACCAUCUCGUGCUGCCUGUGUGGUAAGGACUUCAACUCUCGCCGCAGCAUCCGCCGCCACUGUCGCAAGAUGCACCAGACCAAGCUGGAGGAGCUCCGGAAGUUCACCGAGACGCGCACCGUUCCCAUCAGCCUCCUCUCCAUGGUUAAAGGUCGGCCUCGCCCCUUGCACACGUCCAGCGGCAAGUCCUGCCCCGUCUGCUUCAAGUCCUUCGCCACCAAGGCCAACGUGCGGCGCCAUUUUGACGAGGUGCACCGCGGCCUGCGUCGGGAUAGCAUCACGCCAGACAUAGCCACGCGCCCCGGCCAGCCGCUGUCCCUGGAGGCCACGCCGCCCCGCAAGAGCGCCAGCUCCUCCCCCACAAGAGGUCACACCCCGAAGAGCCUCGGAGCCUCGGGGGAUACCACCCCUCAGCCCCCCAAAGCCUCCACCGCGGUGCCCCCUGCCCCUUCUCUCCUGGCAUCGGCCCUGUACAACCUGGCCUCCUGCCGCUGUCUGCUCUGCAAGAGAAAGUACAGCUCCCAGGUCAUGUUAAAGAGACACAUGCGCAUCGUCCACAAGAUCUACAAUCUCAAGAACGUUAGCUCCGUCUCCACGACCGCAACCACGGCGACCAACAAAAACAACAACAGUAAAACAGCCACCAACACUGACAGCACCCCUAGCAACAGCAACCCUAGCAACAGCUUGAGCGUGAAGGAGGAGGCGGUUGAAUCCUGGGACGACCCUGACUCCAGCCCCGCCUCGUCGCCUGGCGACACGGACAGGAAGGACACGGACAGGAAGGGCAUCGCCGUGGCAACCAAGUCAGGUCAAAAGAUCAAAGAGGAAGAGGGUGGCAGCAGCCCCAAGACAUCAACUCGUUCCGCUUCCAUCAACAGCAGCGGUGGUACAAGUAGUGGUAGUGGGACUCCUGGGAGACCCCCUCAGAAGCUCUCGGUGGGGUUCGACUUCAAGCAGCUGUUCUGCAAGCUGUGCAAACGUCAGUUCAGCUCGCGCCAGAACCUCACCAAGCACAUCGAGCUGCACACGGACGGCACGGACAUCUUCAUCAAGUUCUACCGCUGCCCGCUCUGCCGCUACGAGUCCCGUCGCAAGCGCGACGUCCUGCGCCACGUGACGGUGGUGCACAAGAAGUCGACGGGCUACCUGGCCAAGAUCGUGCCCAAGCUGGAGUCGCGUGCGGUCAAGCGGCCGGCUGAGGUGGUCCUCAACUCUCCCCCCAAUGCCAACAACAACAAGAGAGGAGGAACAACGGUCAAGGAGGAAGUGAACGGGUGCCACUCGGCCUCCUUUCCCCCUACGCCCCCAGUCACCCGCAAACAGGAGCUCCUCAACAACUCCUCCACCACCUCCUACCCAGUCACACGUAAACAGGACCUCCUCUCCUCCUCCACUCCGGUCACUCGUAACCAGGAGAGACAGCAGGAGGCCCAAACCGGGUCACCUGUCACCCGUAAGAACGACAAACAACACCCCGACACCCCUGCCCCGACGCCCCCCCACACGCGUCGCCAUGACGCCCACCAGGAGAGCAGCAGCAGUAGCACAGAGGUGCGUGUCACCAAGAACUUCUCGCUCCACGCGUGUGACGUGUGCGGCCGGGCCUUCGCCAAGAAACUCUACCUGGAGUCCCAUAAGAGGAUCCACCGGAACGCCACGCCACCGGUCAGCAUGCCGCCCAGUGACGCCAGGUCUAAGGGGGUCAGCACUCGGUCUAAGGCACUGCUCUGAUCCCCAGUCUCGUCUCACUCUUGGUUCUCGGGAGCCUCCAUCCUGAGAGGAGAGACUAAACGGAUGAAGGAGCACCGCUAACGAUGAUGAAAGCAGCUGGACUGGAAAAGUGAAACAGAGAGAGAGAGAGAGAGAGAGGUGAAAGAAGGGGAGACUUCACAUCUAAGGGACCAAAAGUAUUGUUGGAAUCCGACACGAGAAGGAGGGAUGGGAGCCAACGUGAUGCCAGAGGUGUGGAGCCGGACACUCACUCUGUGGAGGCACUGAUGCUAUCACACUGCUGUGUGUAGGUUAUAAUCACUGUAUGUACAUGUAGAUAUAUAUAUAUACACACACACACACACACACACACACACACACACACCCUGGACACACACACACCUGGACCUGGUCUAGACCUGAGCCUGUAUAAACCUUAGGGGUGGGGAGAGAAGAGGGCAGAGUUGGAAGCGCUCUUAGCACACCAUAGAUAUCCCAUAUCUGACCAGAGGGUGCUCCAGUUCUGCUUUAUAGGAUCAGACUUUAAGGCAGGGCUCUCCAACCCUGUUCCCGGAGAGCUACCCUCCUGUAGGUUUUCACUCCGACCCCAGUGGUAUCUUACCUGAUUCAUCUUAUCAACUAGCUCAUUAUUAGAAUCAGGUGUGCUAGAUUAGGGUUGGAGUGAACCUACAGGACGGUAGCUCUCCAGGAACAGGGUUGGAGAGAGAACCUACAGGACGGUAGCUCUCCAGGAACAGGGUUGGAGAGACCUCCCCUGUAGGUUGUGAACUUGACCCAGCCAGAGCCAGCAGUAGUGAUGUUAGUGGUUUAUUUCCUCAGCUCAUAGUAGGCUCAUAGUAAGCUAUCCAUCCACUGGGAAGGACUCCAUACUAACUCAGUUCAUCCAGAUAGGCUUUAGUUUUUCUGUCAUUCCAAGAGAUAGGUUUUGGGUGAUUAACUGAUGGAGAAAGACCAUGUAGGUGGCUGACCAGCGAUACACUGGCACAUUGAAGAGACGGUGACCAUUGAUUGGUUGAUUGAUGAAUGACUAUAGCUGUGUUUAAACAGGCAGCCCAAUUCUGAUAUUUUUUUUUCACUAAUUGGACUUUUGACUAAUCAGAUCAGCUCUGAAAAAGCGCUGAUAGGUAAUUAUCAUGAAACAUUUUUCCCAAAAUGUCCUCUUGAAUCACUGAGAUUAGGAUCUGUACUUAUCUAUUUCAUAAUUAUUAUACUUUUUUUUAAUCAGAUAUUAUACAUUUGACCAACCUUUUCACAAAAAGUCCAAAAAAGGUAUAAACAAAUCAGUAUUUCUAAUAUUUGUUAAUAUUGCACCUCUAAUGACAAGGCCUGAGUUAAACAUAACACUGACAUUUUGUAAACAGUUAUUAUCAAAUUAAAACCGACUUCCCAAUUUGAGCUCUUAAGCUGAUUCGGUAAUUACGGUAAUAAGACUAGUCCUCAGACACUGUAUUUGUAUGUAAUACAUAUUAUAGUGUAAUGUAAACUUCAACCAGUAUACAAUUUUUAUGAUUUAUGGACAAAUGUAUGAUUUAUAUACAGCAACAUAUUUUGUUAGGUUUUCUGAAGAAAACGUUUUAUAAUGACCUGGGAAUUUCAUCCGGACACAUUUCGCUAAUGAGAAUUUGGGGUGAAAAUGUACAAAAUUCUGGCGAAAAUGUUACAUUUAUUUAAAAUAAGACACUUAGUCCUUUUGCAAAUGCAUCAUGGUUUUGUAACUCAAUUUGCUACAGACUUUUAAAAAAAAAAGAUCCCUUUGGUCAAAAGACCAUUAGUGAGGAGAAAAAAUCUGAAUUUGGCUCCCUGUAUAAACAUAGCCAUAGUGACAGACCACAUGUACAAUGUCUUGUUCAGUCAGAAAGCAAUGGCACAAUAGAAAAGAAACAGACCAAAUUGUAUUUUUCUAACGGAAAAGCUUGUUAAACCAGGUCUUGGACUGAUGUACAUAUUAACUGUCAUAUGGAUGGUAUAAACGAUAGAUAUAUUGGCAGAUGUAUAGGUGAUGUAUAGUUUUUGUUUGAAUAUAUAUAUAUUCCAAUAUCUCUGAAUAGUGAGAUAUUUUGUUUUUCUCUGUGUUCAAAGCACUGAAGAAUCUGUUAUGUUCCGACUCGCACUCAUAUGACUGUGUCAAAACCAGAUGGUGAAAUGACGUAGAGAGUUUUCUUUCUUUCUUUAAACGAGAGGAUGUGUGUUUUGGCGGCACAUCUGUGACAGAGCAGAAGGGAAAUGAAGUGAUUUUACUUUUCAAGACUGAUUUUCCUUAUUUGUCCUCUACAUUCAGAUAUUAAAGAGUGUAGCCAUUUCCCAGACUGUGUACUAACUAACCUAAACGCCUCCAUAGCAUAAGGAGAAGAGUAGAUCAGUUAAGUUUUUAAAAAUAAUGUAACCCAUAAAUCCAUCCUGAAGAAAUCAACUGUUACCCCAAUAAUAAACAACCCAAAGGGAAAA